CAAAAAAAAUCAGAUUCACCCCAAUAACUGUUGAACUUGUUGACUGUUACUUUAUGAACAUCAUUUAAGGGUACAUUCCUGCGCUUCUUGACUUGAGCUCGGUAUUUUUGGUAUGGUAACAUAUAUUAAUAUAACAUUUUAAGAAAACACACAAGAGGAUACCAUUUCAGGCUAAUUUCCAUCUUGCUUUCCAUAGAAUGACUUCAAGGAUGAUGCAGCUAAAUACAGAAAAGAGUGAUGAGUCACAACAAGCUCCAGCUUCUCCCAGUUUGAUUCCUUCUUACCUGCAAACUAACAACAGUUAUGCUGGGCUGUGUUUUGAUUUCCAUCCAGACUUUUCCCCUUCGGAUCUUCAGGGCGUUACAGAUAACCAGCCAUUUACAAACAACCCACAAUUUUUAACUGUAGGAGCCACAAACACGCCAGUUGGUCCACUUCAGACAGCAAAUUUCUGGCUUUGUGACCAGAAACCAGAAAUUCCAACCGCCGUCCUCCCAAAGGUGGAGAAUGGAGCUCAGGCCAACCAGAAGGAUCCACUGGAAGACACUCAGAAACGGCAGCUCCGUUUGCGGAAGAACAGGGAGGCUGCACGAGACUAUCGGCGACGGAGGAACGCAUAUAUAGCAGCGUUAGAAAAGCGCGUGGUCAAGCUGGAGCAGCAAAAUACGACUCUGGCAGCGGAACUCCGAGUCCUAAAAAGCCUCCACCAGAACAACAUGGGGAGUUUUUUCAGAAUGCAAUGAAAAAUUAAAAAUGUGUUUGUUUUAUUGCUA